AUGAGUUACAUUCACCCCUCAUGGAACUACCAAGGUCAUCAGGGGAUCCCAAUGGAUCAACACAUGGCAUACGACCCUUCCAUGGUCCCCCCUCCCAUGAUGCACCCCAUUGAUGGCUACAUGUACCCUCACCCUCACCCGCCAAUGGAAAUGAUCGACUACUACCACCAACCGAUUAUGGACUACGACGAAUACACAGAGAAUUUGUCCCGCCCACGGUUGACCAAAGAACAAGUUGAAACCCUGGAAGCUCAAUUCCAAGCCCACCCCAAGCCCAGCAGCAAUGUGAAGCGUCAAUUGGCGGCUCAGACGAACUUAAGUCUGCCUCGCGUUGCUAACUGGUUCCAAAAUCGCCGCGCCAAGGCAAAGCAACAAAAACGACAGGAGGAAUUCGAGAAGAUGACAAAGGCCAAGGCCGAGGCAGAGGAGGCUGCUCGGCGGAAAUCAGAGACACUGGACCAGCUGUCGGAGUCCCGGAAAGGGUCCGUGGUCAGAGAGGAAUCGGAGAAGUCCGCCACUCCCAAGCAAACCCCUACUCCCAACACUAGCGGUCAUGCCAAGUCGGAUUCCACAUCUAGUCGCUCCAAGCAUCACAAAACAAAGAGCGAAUCUGCACGGGAGGCGACAUUCGCCUCUUUGCAGAGGGCACUCAAUGCUGCUUGUGCCGCCAGGGAUCGAUUCGGUCGCCGAAUCAACCCUCGAAGCAAGAACGACGCCGUUCCGGAAGAAGAAGAGGCUGUCUCACCCGGUUCAAUGCCCCCGCCCAAGACUGCCACCUCGAACACUGACAAUGCAAAUCUAUCUAACAUCAACUCUUCUUUCCCGGGUUGGUCAGAUAUCAAGGAGGAGCCUGCCUCGUGGGGAACUGGCGUGCACGAUGAACACAUUGGUUACAGCACCGCAGAGCAUAACUCUUACUCUGCUCCCCAUCACCCAAUGUCGGAUAUGCAAACCUCUUCUCACCCUGCUCUGCACAACGUGGACGCUUACUCAGGUCACCUGCCUCCUCACACAGAGGAGUGGUCAGAAGCCAGUCCAUCCCACGCGCAUGACCCCAGUCUUGUCUACGGCAACAUGCAGUACCCUAUGCAGAUGCAAGCACCAGAUAUCUCGGUCACUCGUCGGGAGUCUUCAGAUGCGUUGACGACUUCCUUGAAGGGUAUCGGAAUCUGCACACCUGACCAGGCUGGCCUGUCUCACUCUAUGAAUCGUGUCGAAGGGGCUGGUUGGAAAGAACCUGGCAAGGAGCUUGAUCUCGCCGCGCGACGCAAGCGUCCUCGACCCGCUGCGAUUGGUACUUCUGGAACUGGGAACCGCCCAUUGGCUAACUCGACUUCGAUGUCAUCGCUCUCCCCAACGGCUCGCAUGCCUAGCUCCGGAGCUGGUAACUCGAUGAGACAGUCCAAGUCGACUCAAAGCCUUAACUCCCGAUAUGCUGGUGUGAGGAAGGCAUCCGCUGCUCAGCGGUCUCCUCUCAACUUCACUUUUGCCGAGUCGGGUUCUAUCAAGAAGGCCGAGAAGAUGCUUCGGCCCUCAGUCUCGACCAAUACCCUAGCUCCUCCGACCCCCUUGACUCCGCAAGAUCUCCAGCACUUCAUGCCUGGUUCUCCCACAGACAGCAACUACUGCAUGUCAGCCCAUUCCACAACCAAUUUCUUCCCUACCUCUCAACCCAUGCAGGUCAACAUCGCAUCGCCUCCUACAACGCCUCUGGAUAUUUAUACCCCUUUCCCCUACCAGAACGUCGCCCCGCCGAUGUCAGCCCCGGCCCAAGUGUCUUCUUUUCCCGAAUAUGCUACCUGUGACGCGGUUCCUCUGACCGCGCGCAGCUGGGCCGAUACUGGCUCUAUUUCUUCUCCCGAAUAUCCCGCGGGCCUCCAAGUGCCUCAUUCAAGUACUGUGUCGCCCAUGGGUUAUGAUGCGACAGCGGAUCACACCGGACAAAACUUUGGCAUGGAGCCUGUGUCUGGCUCUCCAUCCUUGAUCUACUCGAUUGAAGAUACCGAUAUGCCCGGCUCCGCCGAGCUUGCGGAGAGGAAGCGAGGCGAUUUCAUGAUGCAGGACUUCCCAGAGCAUGACGCCAACCGUUAUGGAAGCCAUCACUUGGCUUCGAUGCAGAAGCCGAAAGCCUACACGUUUGCGAACAACACGACGCCCAGCAAUUAUCCCUCCUGA